CCGACUCUUUACCUAUGACAACAUUCAAUCAGGAAGACGUCAUAUAAUAUUUUUUUGUUUUCGUGUAAAUUGUUUAAAAAAUUUUUGUUGUCGUGUUCAAUAUUAGUGUUUUUAUUUUAAUAAUUAAGGCUUUUAAAGCUCAAAAUGCAAACAAAACUCAGUGUAGAAGAACGCAUUUUGGCUAGAGUUAAUCAGGAAAUCGGUAGUGACUUUAAAAAGUUGCACCGAGCCUCAGUUUUGGUAGAGGACUACAAGCAGCGCUUAGAAAAACUUAAAGAUAAGCUUAACUAUGCAUCUGAACAAAAUGUGUCCAGUUUUAGAUCGGCCAUCGAGACGAAAGAGCAGGCCUGUGAUAGUAUUGAUUUCCAAAUGACCAAACUGCAACAGUUUGGCAAGAAACUUGCCGCUCGCAUUAAAGAAUCGAAUAAUGCAUUUAAGGGGGUAAAACCAGACUUGGAGCAAGUACGCAAGUUACAGCAAUUAGUACAGUAUUUACGUAUAGUUCAGGAUAUACAGGAAAUAAGUCAUUCCCUUACCCAAUCCCUUAACGGCAAAGACGAAGCCAAACUUAUAAAUUUAUAUUUAAAUCUCUAUGAAGAAAGUGACUAUGAACAUAGCGUUAUAGGACGUUUAAGCAGCGUAGAGGCUCCGUUUCUUAAAUCUUUUGCCAUACGCACAGCCAUACAUUGGCAUGGUUUAUUAAAAGAGCGAUUUACAAAAGAAUUUGAAAAUGUUCUAAAAUCUAUGAAAUGGGGACAAAAAGAACAGGAUCCCUUAAAUUAUAAACCUUCAAUGGAUAACAUCAAUAAGGCGCAAUUGUUGGCAGAAUAUUUAUUUUUGUUAAAAUCACCAGCAGAAGAAACAGAACCUUUGGAAAUGAUUACAUCCAGUAUAAUAUGUCAGCCCAUGUCAACAGUUACCAAAUACUUAUUGGCGCCCUACAGACAAAGAUUCAUGUAUCAUUUCACGGGCGUUAAACAAACUAAUCGUUUGGAUAAACCCGAAUGGUUUUAUACUCAAAUACUAAACUGGGGCAAAGAGACACACUUGUUUGUGGGCAAAACAUUUCAACCAGCUGCCGUUAAAGCUGGUAAACUAGAUUUCAACAUAAGGCUUGAGUUUAUGCGUGGUUUAGUGCAACUAACCAUAGAAAAAUUGGCCUUAGAUAUAGAAGAAAUAAGUCGAGAUGAAAAUCUAUUUGCCCAUUUAUUAGAUGAAACUUUGGCUUUUGAAGCAGAGUUAAGAGAGAACUUUGGCUAUCCCGCCAGUUUUACCAGUGCUAUAUGUGUUGUUACCCAACCAGUUUAUUUGCUAAAAUGGAUUUCCUUAGAAGAACGCUUUUGUUCUGAGAAAAUGGAUAUGAUACUGCAGGCUGAAAAUCCCUGGCAACUAAUCGAUCCCAAUAUUUACGAUGAUGAAUUAAAAAUUCCCAAAUGUGCUGAUCAAUUUAUACGCCUACUGGAGGCUAUAAAAGAUCGUUAUUAUUCUCUUAUACAACCAGGACAUCAAUUACAAUUUCUUACCCUACAAUUGGAAUUAAUAGAUAACUUUCGUCGUAGACUGGUGCAACUGCACAGCAGUGGUUCUGUGGAAAGUAUAACUAUAUUAAAUGCCAUAAAUUACAUAAAAAUGGUACUCAGUGAAUGGGGUGAAAAUGUCCAUUAUCUACAUUUGCAUGCCGCCUUGGUAGGUCCUAAUGCCGAAGAAAUCAGCUCGGUGUUUGAACACCCCGUGGAGGAACUAGAGCAUUGGACUCAACAACUUUUAAAGAAUCUAGCCACCAAAGCUGUCAAUGAAAUCAAAGCUAAAUCAAUGCCGUAUAGACACGAUUGUUGGCCUUCAAUGCCCGAACAAAAUUCUAAGGAACCAUUUAUACUCUCACCCAGUGCUGGCGAAAUGUUUCAAGUUAUGGUUACCGUUUUGCAUAAUUUAGAAAGGGAACUUUCGGCUAAUCUAUUCAAUUUAACUUUAAGGCUUAUAGCCCAACAAAUUGAUGAUUAUAUGCUGGAUAGUAUGAUCAUGAAUACGAAAUUCUCACCAGCUGGAGCGGCACAAUUUAAUUACGAUAUGACACGUAAUUUGUUUGCACUAUUUGGACAAUACUGCCGGCGACCUGAUUUACUGUUUAAAAAAAUCCAUGAUGCCAAUAAACUGUUGAAUGCUGCUCGCGGUACUGCCUUACUGUUGCACGAAAAUCUUCAGGCUACUAACAAUUCCCUGGAGGAUAAAAUGAAGGCUUUAAAAGAAGUUGGCAUUGUAAAUUUUAAACCUAAAACUUGUAUUGAAGUUCUCGAAAGGCGUACAGAUAUUCGCAUGUUUUAAGAGUGUGGUCUGGUAGAGAUAAUAAAAGUUUGACUUUUUUACUUUUAAAAUAUAAAAACAAAA